GAGGGGUUCCCGGAGGUGCUGGGCGUAGGAGGGGUUCCCGGAGGUGCUGGGCGUAGGAGGGGUUCCCCGUAGGUGCCGGGCGUAGGAGGGGUUCCCGGGGGUGCUGGGCGUAGGGGGUUCCCGGGGGUGCUGGGCGAGGGGUUCCCGGGGGUGCCGGGCGUAGGAGGGGUUCCCGGGGUGCCGGGCGUAGGAGGGGUUCCCGGGGGUGCCGGGCGUAGGAGGGGUUCCCGGGGGUGCCGGGAGGGGUUCCCGGGGGUGCCGGGCGUAGGAGGGGUUCCGGGGGGUGCCGGGCGUAGGAGGGGUUCCCCGAGUAUAUGGACUUUGUAUCCGGGCGUGUUAGAUAAUGCUGGGUGUGGGGGGUUCAGGUACACACAUGUAUAUAUACUGUAUAUAUGUUUGCAGGCUUCCUCCUCCGCUGAGAGUACUCCCCUCUCUCCCGCAGGUGUCUGCUUCUCGCGGGAAGUGCACGUGCCUGCUGGACCCUUGUACCGCGUUGAGGGCACCGCUACCUCUAUCCCCUGUAACGUCAGCGGGUAUGAAGGACCGGCCGUACAGAACUUUGAGUGGUUUGUGUAUAGGCCGCCCGCCCCGGAUAUCUCCAUCUCUAUCGCCAGCACCAAGGACCCAGCUUUUGCGUACGCGGUGUUCGCUCCCCGUGUGAGCAGCGGGGAGGUGUAUAUCCAGCGUCUGAGCGGAGACAGCGUAGAACUCCGCAUCAAGAGGCUGCGCAGCGAUGACGCCGGUGUAUACGAGUGCUACACCCCAACCACGGACGCAAAGUACCUGGGGACGUACAGCAGCAAAGUCGCCGUGACAGUUGUUCCGGACACGCUACAAGUUUAUGCCAAGUCUGCCUCCAAGGGUCGCCUGAAUGCUGGCGCCCCCCUGCAGCUGACCCUGGUGGAAGGCAGAGAACUGCACCUCUCCUGCGCAGCCCAUGCCGACUCCCUGCAGCACACCCACGUGUCGGUGACAUUUGCAGUCAGCGCUCCUGAGGCGCCCGUGGGCCGGGAGACUCUGCAGAGCGUUAUCUCUGUGCAGCGGGACUGCAGCCCGGACCCACCCGCCACCAAGAUGUACAACGACCGCUUCAGUAACGGAGAGAUCCGAGUGGAGAAAUCUGACAAUGUGACCUAUAAGCUGGUCAUCCUCCGUGUCCGGCCGCAGGAUUCCGGCAGCUAUCACUGUACGGCGGCACAGUGGAUCCAGGAUCCAGAUGGGAGCUGGCAGAGAAUAACCGAGAAGAGAUCCGUGUUGGCCCAAGUGACAGUCCAGAGCAUAGAGUCCCAGCUGACGGUUUCUUCUAGAGCUUAUAAGGGCGUUGUCCAAUCUGGGGAGACGGUGGAGCUCUUCUGCAAUGCGUCGAUGAUGGCCCCUCCUCCUCAUGAUGUUCUUUUCACUGUGGAAUGGUGGAUGACAACCAGGCAAGGAUCUCCCGGGCAGCUGGUGGCAUCACUGACCACAGAUGGAGUUGCGUUUUUGGGCGAGCGGUACACAGGAGGUGAUGUGGGAACACGGCACAUAUCUCUGGAAAAGAUUUCACGGUCGCCCAGCUCCUUCCGUCUGAGAAUAUACUCUGCUCAGCCUGGUGAUACUGGGUCUUACAGGUGCCACGUCAAAGCAUUCGUAUCAUACCCAGGAGCAAGACUGGAGGAAGUGUCCAGCAAGACAUCACAAGAAGUCAGCGUGCUACUAAGAGCACAGGAUCCUGUGCUGAACGCUUUGGCAUUGCUGGACUCGCCCACACUCUAUCAUGGAGACACCGCUGUCUUGCUCUGCAAUAUCACGGUGAACGCACUCCAGCCUGUACACACCGCGGUUGGCUGGUGGGUGGAACUGGCUGGGAACGGGCCAAAUGAGAGAACUGGUAAACUUGUGGCUUCUGUCAACCGCCAGAGUGUGUCCGAGCCGGGGACUCGCUAUUCAGGAGAAGACCUUAGUACGGACAAGGUUGGACCUCAGUGCUACCGGCUGCGUUUGUACAACAUCCGAGCAGAGGAUGAUGGGGUGUAUCACUGCGCAGUCACCGCCUGGAUCCAGUACCCAGAUGGCAGCUGGUACAAAGCCGCCUCUGCAAAGUCCAAUGUUAUCAGACUGUACCCAUAUGCCCACGCUAAGGAUCUCCUGCUGAUCCCGAUGAUUGGUGGCAUUGCCAGUGCCCUGUUUGUUGGUAUAACCAUCCUCUCCACAGUCACCUGCUGCUAUUUGCGACGUCUCCGGAACCGGAUGAAGUGAAGUGGAGCCGGGUACAAGACACUGCAAACCCACAAGGGAGUAGAGACUGUGGUUUCCAUGACACAUUUCCGAGGUGUUUGUCCAACGUUGUAGAAGGAUAAGAUGGUGGCUGUGCCCUAAUCCCUUUAAUGUGAAUGAUUACACUCCAUGGAUUGUCCUGGUCAGACCAA